AUGACACUAUGGAAUGAGCAGCCAUUGAAUGUUGAAAAGGGACAUGUAAAACUGGUUGAUCCUAAUGAUAACGAGCCCUGUGAUGCGAAGUGGGUGCUGAAUGACGCUGGUGAUGAAUACAUUCGUAUCUCGUUACGAUCUGGCUUCGAAAUUCCAGUUCCUAGUCAAGCAAGAGUUACUUAUGAGUAUCUCUUACCAGAGAAGUACAUUGAAUGGAGGAGAAUACCCGGUCUGCUCUGGUCUGAGAAGUAUAUGCCCGAAUGA